CUUGGAGUCAAAAUUUCUGGUACCCUGGACGUUCGCUACUAGCCCGUUCUUCACCAGCCUCACACCGAAAAGAGAUUGUUGAUCGUAUACACGUAUUGUGUAAGUAUUCCCAUACAUUUGUACACAUACACUAUACGAACCGCACCCUUUUCGAGACUAGAGAAAAGACACAACUUGCUGUUGUCUACACCCAAAAUCGUUGAACUCUCGUACGAGGACGAUGACGACCAGCCAAACGCGGUUGGCCUUGCUGUUGGUGGUGGUGGCGGCAGCAUGGAUGGAAGGAACAUCCGUGAACGCCUUUGCCCCCGCCGCUUACCACAACAACGUCGCACGUGCGAAAACGUCGUUUCGUCCAGCCUUUCCUGCCAUUCCCGUCGGCCAUGCUUCGACUCCGCAUUCGUUCCUUCCCCAGUCGAGUGCACCACGAAAGGCUUGGACGUCGACCACGUCCUUGCGCAUAGCGGCGGAAGACUUUUCCGAAGACAAGUACACCGAAGCGGCCUGGUCCUCCAUUGCCGGCUUGACCAAAGUUUCGGACUACUACUCCGCCAGUACCUUUGAAGCGCCCUUUGUGUUGGAAUUCAUGCUGAAUCCGAACAAACACAACGGCGGAGAAGACGCGGAUGCCGCCAAGCGCGUCGUCGAGAAAAUACUCAACAAAGCGGGCGUUAAUCUCAACAGACUUCGUUGCGAACUCGAUGAAUAUCUGGCCAAACAACCGCGAGUUUCCGAUCCCACCAACAAAAUUAUGGGACGAACGCUGCAGAAGGUGCUGGAAACGGCACGGAAUGGCAAACAGGCACUCGGGGACUCGUACGUUUCUACGGAAGGACUGGUGUUGGCAAUGGUCAAAGAGGACGACAAGUUUACCCGCGAAGCAUUGAUGCGUCAAAACGUUAAAUACACGGACGUGCUGGAAGUGGUCAAGGAAAUGCGCAAAAAGAGCGGACCCGCCAUUAGUCGGAGUGCCGAAAGCAUGUACGAUGCUCUCACCAAAUACGGCGUAGACUUGACCGAACGCGCGGAACAGGGAAAGCUCGAUCCGGUCAUUGGACGGGACGACGAAAUUCGACGCGCCAUCCAGAUUCUGUCGCGUCGUACCAAGAACAACCCGGUUUUGAUUGGAGACCCAGGGGUUGGUAAGACGGCCAUUGCGGAGGGUAUUGCCCAGCGUAUGAUUGACGGAGACGUCCCCGACAGCCUCAAGAACUGCCGCUUGAUUGGUUUGGACAUGGGAGCUCUAGUGGCUGGCGCCAGUAUGCGUGGACAAUUUGAAGAACGACUCAAGGCUGUCGUCGAGGAAGUCACCCAGAGUGACGGCGAAAUCAUUCUGUUCAUUGACGAAAUGCAUACCGUCGUCGGGGCAGGCGCGGCACAGGGGUCGAUGGAUGCGUCGAACUUGCUCAAGCCUGCGUUGGCCCGGGGGCAACUCCGUUGUAUCGGUGCCACCACCAUCAAUGAAUACCGCAAGUACAUUGAAAAGGACAAGGCUCUCGAGCGUCGCUUUCAGCAAGUCAUGAUUGAUCAGCCAACGCCGGAAGAUACCGUCAGUAUUCUCCGUGGCCUCAAGCCUCGUUACGAAUUGCAUCACGGUGUACGUAUUCGUGACGAAGCUUUGUUGGCGGCGGCCAAGCUGAGUCAUCGUUACAUUCCGGAUCGAUUUUUACCCGACAAGGCAAUUGAUCUCGUUGACGAAGCCUGUGCAAAGUUGAAUAACGAGAUCACAUCCAAGCCGACUAUUCUAGACGAGAUUGAUCGCCGCAUUAUUCAAUUGGAGAUGGAACGACUUUCGCUGCAAUCUGACUUUGAGAAGUACGAGGAAGACGGCAACACAUUCAAAGCCACGAGCGAAAAUUUCCGUCUGGCAAAGAUCGAUGAAGAACUUGGGUCACUGAAGUACGAACAGCAAGAGCUCAAUAUGAAAUGGAUGGCGGAAAAAGGUGCCGUUGACCGCCUGAAAGAUGUGAAAGAAAAAAUCGCCAAGGUCAAGCUCGAUAUUGAAAAAUUUGAACGUGAAUUUGAUCUGAACAAGGCUGCCGAAUUGAAAUAUUCAGACCUCCCUCCUCUGGAAAGAGAGCUGGAAGAGCUGGAAAACAUCGGACAGUACGAUCUUGGACCGGGCGAAGAACGAAUGCUGCGAGACGAAGUUGUCGCUGAUGAUAUCGCAGGCGUCGUGGCCGUCUGGACAGGAAUUCCUCCUGGAAAAUUGCUGGAGUCGGAGCGUGAUCGCAUCCUUACAAUGGGAGACAAGCUGCGCGAACGCCUCAUUGGGCAAGACGAAGCUAUUCGUGUUGUUACAGAAGCAGUGCAGAGAUCCCGCGCUGGUCUGAACGAUCCUUCCAAACCCAUCGCUUCUCUGAUUUUCUUGGGACCUACUGGAGUUGGAAAAACUGAGUGUGCCAAAGCACUCGCAGAGUUUAUGUUUGAUAGCGAGGAUGCCUUGAUCCGUAUCGAUAUGUCCGAGUAUAUGGAAAAGCAUACCGUCUCGCGAUUGCUUGGAGCACCUCCCGGUUAUGUUGGUUACGAUGAAGGUGGUCAGUUGACGGAUGCGAUUCGCCGCCGGCCGUACGCGGUCCUGUUGUUUGACGAAAUGGAAAAGGCGCAUCCUGACGUGUUCAACGUCAUGCUGCAGCUUUUGGACGAUGGUCGGCUGACCGACUCAAAAGGAAACACCGUCAACUUCCGCAACACGAUCUGCAUCUUUACGAGCAAUGUGGGUAGUCAAGAAAUUUUGGACUUGAAUGGUUCCAGCGAAAUUGGUGACCAAGAGAUUAUGAGGUCUAGGGUGACCGAGGCGAUGCGCGAACGAUUCCGUCCCGAGUUUUUGAAUCGUAUCGAUGAACAUGUCAUCUUCAAUAGUCUGAACAAAAACAACCUGCGAGGUAUUGUUGUUUUGGAAGUGCGACGAUUGGAGAAGCGCCUGGAAGAGAAGCAAAUGCGUCUGGUCUUGCGAGAGGAGGCGCUCGACUUUCUGGCCGAAGUUGGUUUCGAUCCCGUGUACGGCGCCCGACCGCUCAAGCGAACCAUUCAGCGCGAGCUCGAAACAGUGGUCGCUCGGGGAAUUCUAGGUGGAGAAUUCGUGGACGGCGAUACUAUUCUCGUGGAUGUGGUUAAUGAGCGCUUGAACGUGCGUAGAGCCACCAAUGCGGAUUCACUUCCAGCAGUAUUCAGGCGCCCAACGGAAGAAGAGGAAGUCGGAAUGUUUGGCUGAAUAAAUUAAGUGGCGAGGUGCGCAAUGUUACGUAAGAGUAGAUGACGAGGACGAGAAACGCAAUGCCAUUGCAUUAGGAAAAUAAAGUACCGUAGUCGAGCCGCAUGGCAUUGACACUAUAAAUACAAUAC